AGCUUGAGGACUGAGAGAGAGAGAGAGAGAGAGAGAGAGAGAACUAGAAGUAGAAAGAAAUCGUGAAGAAUGUCGAUUCUGGGAAAUCUCAGGGUCUCUGCUGCACUGGGUUCCAAUACCACAAACUCAUUCCGAAGCUUCUCGCCUCCAUCAAAGGUGGACUUUACUAACUUCCUUUAUGGAGGAUCUAGCAUAACUGAUGUGACACCUAAAUGGCCCCAUGUGGCGCUUGAUAGCCGUGAUUUGCGCAGACAUACCAAGCAGACUUCUGGGAUUGGUGGUCAUGUUCAACUCUCCCCAAGGUCGACUAGCCAGGAAGCUGAGAGCUUUCUCUUCAAUGUAGUCAACAUGGGAUUCUUUGAGCGUCUAAACUUGGCCUGGAAAAUAAUCUUCCCGUCGCAGAAAUCUAGGAAGAGCUCCAAUGCAAGGACUGCCAAGCAGCGGUUAAAGAUGAUUCUGUUUUCUGACCGUUGUGCAGUCAGUGAUGAAGCUAAGCAGAAGAUAGUCAGCAACAUUGUGCGGGCACUAUCAGACUUUGUCGAGAUUGAAUCGCAGGACAAAGUUCAGCUGAGUGUCUCUACUGAUUUAGACCUCGGAACGAUUUACUCCGUCACUGUGCCAGUGAGGCGGGUGAAAGCAGAAUAUCAAAUGGGAGAUGAAGCUGGAUCAAUAACGAAUAUCGAAUACAAAGAUACUGGAGAAACUUCUGGCUCAGUUGAUGUCAGGUUUGAUUUCUACAUUCCUGACGAGAGGACCAAUAAUUUCUAAGGUCAUAUGUUUGGCCAGCAUCAAAGAAGAGUUACUGUUACAUGUAUGUUUCUUUAGCCAGCGAGACAACCUUACAAUUCUGUACAUAAAAUGAAAAUUCCUGUUUGGUGGUUCGAAAUUUUGCUUUCCCAGUUUGAUUUCAUGUUCGACUUAAUGAGACUAUUUGGUCUAUCUA